UUGGUUGUUAUUGCUAAAACAAACGAAAGCAUAGAAACAAAAAAAAAUGACAAACAAAAUAAUCAACUGCGCGCGAAAAAAAAGAAAGAAAAAUAUAUAUACAUGCCAAGUGCCCAAGAGACUGCAGUCUGACCAAAAAUAAAUAAAGAAUCAAAAGUGAAAUCGACAGGGUUAUUAAUAACAGUAAGUGAAGUAAUUAAAAUCGGUUUCGGCGAAGGUUUCUAAGUGUUGUCUAGACGAACACAUGAACGGCGAAGGUAAAAGAGGGUUUAGCGUUAGGGUGACACCGAAAACGAGUGGUGUGCGUAUUCUUUACCUCCACCCACAUAAACAUUCUCAGUUAAUUGAAAUCUCCCUCUUAGUUGGCAAAAGAAAACACAUUACCAAUUUUUGUUUCAUCUCUUCAAAUAACAGAAAUUUCAAUGAACUGCGACGUUUUUCAAUUCAUCAUGACUUAACCCAAAUUUAAUGGUGAACGUAUAUUUAUGGAACACCGUAAACAUGUCUUUUUACCGCCAAUAUUCUAAUUGAAGUUGAUAUUUGUUUCCAUCUUCGAAACAUCGAACAUGGUCCGUCGUAAAAGUAGUCCUAGGAAUCGCACGUAUUCUUCCAGUGGUUCAACAACGCCAUUUGAUGAAUCUGGCUCCAGUCAAUCAACUCGUAGAAAAUCCUUACAAAAUCGAUCUCGGAAUACACCUAAAAAAGUACGAAAGGUGCAAAGGGUUCUUUUAGAAAUCCGGAAAUACCAGAAAUCUUGCAAUCUGUUAAUUCAGAAAACACCUUUCAUGCGGCUUGUGAGAGAAAUUGGCUCCUAUUUUAUGGCAGACAUUCGCUGGCAAAGUGUUGCCCUAUUGGCAUUACAAGAAGCAUCAGAAGCGUAUCUAGUGUCUCUCCUCUCAGACUCUUAUCUCUGUACUUUACAUGCAAAACGAGUCACACUUUUUCCAACCGAUAUUAGACUUGCUUUAAAAUUAAGAAAUGGUGAUAUAUAAAUCAAAGAAAUGGUGAUACAUAAAUCAAACUGUUUUUCUUGUCAUGUGAAUACCAUUUGUGU